AUGGGAAACCUUAAGUCCAAAACAGUUAGGACACAGACGGCACCACCGACUCCACCAUCACCGAGGACUGGACCUGCUGCUCGAAGACAGAAAAGGAGUGAAGUAGGUGGUCAGGCUGCCGAAGGAGAUAACAGUGAAAUGAAGAUUUUAGUGGAUAAAAGCGUACAAAUUCAUCCUGAGAUGAUGGAAAAGAAUACAUCAAUGAAGAGUUUUUGCAUUCCAGCAGUGGCAUUUGAAACUUGUUCCACAAAUAUGCCAAUGCAUAGAGAUUAUUCACUUUCUGAGAUUCUCACCUCCGUAGAUGAUCACAAUUUUCUGGAUUUUGCCAAGUCUACAGGUAGUUUUGAAGAAGAGCUGCUUGCGGACAUCUUGGUGGACGCAACGUCCUUCACAAGCGAUGAACUAGAUCCCUGUGUUGAUGUGGUGCAGUGUCUAAAUCAACUCCUUGUUGAUUUGGAGGAACGAUCCCUCGAAAAGAUGCUAUUUGGCACCUCUACCGUUUCCGCAAUGAAUAAACGUCCGCUUCAGCCAACACCAGUAGCUGCAUGUGCCAAACGGCGAAGAAUUGAGACAAAUGAUGACUAUGGAAGCAAGAUGGAUUCUCCUGACAUGGAUUUCAGAUUCAUGGCUCUAAAUGACCUGAUCGUUGGCAUUCAAUCUCAGUCGUUAACUCGGAAUAUUUUGAGCCCUAAGCUUGUUCAAAAGACUCUUCAGCUCCUUGAAGAUGUUAAUGGAGAGGUACAAACUUUGGCUGUCAACGCCGUUUCGGCUUUGUUUCCGGUGGUAUUGGAAAGUGAGCGCUCUAUGAUUGUGGAAGCAGUCGUUGCUGGGUUGUUUCACUCUGACAAUGAGCGCUUCAGGAGUGUGUCCAUUUUAGCUCUGAGGGCAAUGGUUAAUGCAACGCCUCCAGAUAACAUCAAACUUAUAUGCAUUCUUGCUACUCGUUCGAUUCCAACUCUUAUUGAGUCGGUCCGUAGUGGUAAUUCCAUUCAAGUUGAAUGCUGCGAAAUUCUUGGAGAUAUGGUUUCGAGGUUCGGCGAAAACCUAUUACCCUUCCAUCCCAAUAUUGUGAAGUGCAUGUUCCAAGCUCUGAAUAGUUCGCAACCGUCUCUACGCAAACGCGCUGUUCAAAUGGUCACAAACUUUCUUUCCUUUGAAGACACUUACGCUACUCUGCUUGCAUUUGUAAAAGACCGAUUUGAAAAUGUACUAAAUCGGGCUGGGCUUGGAACAAACCCCGAUCAGCAGCAAGUUUCAAAGGGAGAGGAGGAACUGACCAUAUCGUACUUUAAAAUUGCACUUCAGUGUCUCGUCGCAUUAGCUCGCAAUGCGGAAUGCCUCGCUUCCCAGGCCUCAGAUCUCCUGUGCAACGGGCUAAUUCUUCACCUCCUGGACGGCAACAUAAACGACACCAUUAUGCCUCACUUGAAACGCGAGUUUGGUGAUUUCUACCCAGCCGAUGCUGCUAACGAAUUCAGAGAAUUGGGUCUACAAUGCCUUGACAACCUGCUUCGGGCACGUCAGCGUACUGCCACGCAGUCUUCACAUCUGUCUCGUUUGUUGGAUACAAACUUCCAGAAGAUUGCUUAUGUUCUGGCCUCUAUGGUAUCUUACGAUCCCAACUGCGUUUCAACUCAUGCUGUAGGUGUGUUUAGUGGGCGUUUCACUUCUCAAGGGCUGGCAAAUCACUUUGCAGCUUUCUCCCAUUGUAGUUACCUGUUGAAAUUCAUCAAAGGUGUCGACUCUUCAGAACCUCAAGAUUCCUCUCCUAGCACGGUUGUAUUGGGUAGCAGUGGCGAUGACGACGAUUCAAAGGACGCUGAUGAUGAUGACGCCCAUCCUGAGAGCAUGGAUUAUGAGGAUAUGGAUGGAGAUGACGGUGACGACGAGGAGGAGGACGAUGAGGAUGAUGAUACGAGUUGGAAGGUUCGACGUACUGCGGCCAAAGUGAUGGAUACGUGUGUUCAAGCCUAUCAGGAGAAGCUGGGACACUUUUACGCCUACUUCGCUCCCGUACUCAUCACUCGUCUAUCCGAGGAUCGAAAUGAGUCGGCACGGCUGGAGCUUUUUAGCUGUUUGAACUCCAUGGUAAGAGCCACAACAUUAAAGAAUCCAAACAGCCUGACCAUUCGCCUUGGUCAACAGAGUGCUCAGUCCAUGCUUCUGCGACUCCUGCCAGGCAUCUUCCAGAACAUCCAGCCAUUCAUUUCAGCCUCCUCGCCCAAGCGUAGCAGAUCUCAAAUGAGCAGUUAUUGCGUAAAAACGACUCCUGCUUCCCACCAGGCGGUGGUGAAUCUCAUUCGUGCACUAGCGACUGCCUUACCCGGCCAUCUCACUGCUCACUUGCCAACCAUCGUGCUGAUGGUGAAGGGUGAUCUCAGGUGA